AUGCACGAAAGAAGUGCAGAAAUUAAUUAUGGCUUACCAGCAACUUUUGGAGUAAUCUUGGCUCUUCUAGUUAUGUUUUUUGGUUAUAAUCUAAAACUGAGUACUCACAUGGCUAAAUUAGAGGAAAAGAAUGGCAGCAGACAGAAACAAAUUGAUGAAUUGAAAAAAGAGAUAGAGCAGUUAAAGCAGGGAGUUAAAAACUAG